AAAGCCAAGAAACUUUAGAAAAGCAUCCGAGAGUUUCCCUAUCCCUUACAAUUUUGCAUUCCAAUCGGAAAUUGUUCCCAAAAUUCUGUUUUCUAGGGUUUUUCAGGUUCCAUAAUUUUUUAAUGAUAUCAAAAUUGCGCGUUCCAUCAACGACGGCAACUCUUCGAUCAUCGUCUUUCGGGUACUCUGCCGACCCCCCCGAGACCUAUAUGCGAGUAGUGCACUUUUUUUUUCUUUUGAGAAGAGAAAUCAAUACACGAUUCGAAAUUGAAAGUAAUUAGGUUCUUGUGUUGGGGUUUCCAGUGGUUAAAGAUUGGAGUGAUUCGAUUUUCUUUCCCUUUCUCGGGAACCAUUCGGAAAACGAGUUUAUUUGGAACUUGAAAAGGGACUGAAUUUUUGAAAGGCGUGUUUUUAUUAGAAGUCAGACGAUGAACAGAAAAUCAACUAGUUGCGCUCUUUGCGAGAAUUCGAAUCUCCCUUCAAUAUGUUCCAUCUGCGUAAAUUACAGAUUAGCCGAUCACUACAAUAUUCUAAAAUCAAAUAAAAGUCAUCGGGAUUCGUUGUAUAGUAGACUGGAGGAAGUGCUUCUGGCAAAGGGGAAGGCAGAUGAUCAAGUAGGUUGGAGAAUGUCUCAAAAUGAAAAGCUUGCAAAGUUACGGGAGAAGCACCGCCGAAGUAAAGAGCGGCUCGUGCAAGGGAAGGCUAAAGUAGAGAGAAUGCACUACGAUCUAAAAGUGAAGUCUGGGGUGCUUGAAGCUGCUCGUUCUAUGUUGGAAAACAAUCGCAUGGAACAACUGGAAAAGUUCUAUCCCAACUUUAUUUGCACUCAGACUUUAGGACAUAUGGCAAUUACCUCAGAACGUCUUCAUAAACAGUCUGUAGUCAUCAAACAAAUAUGCAAAUUGUUUCCCCAUCGUCGGGUGAUCAUAGAUGGAGAGAGGAAAAAUGGGUCUGCUGAGCAAUAUGAUCAAAUUUGUAAUGCACGUUUGCCAAGAGGGGUUGAUCCACACUCUGUUGCAUCAGAAGAGCUUGGUGCCUCACUCGGAUACAUGGUGCAACUCCUGAAUCUUAUUGUUCGAAUUUUAGCUGCUCCUGCUCUUCAUAACUCAGGUUUUGCGGGUUCUAACUCUCGGAUAUGGCAAAGAGAUUCUUAUUGGGAUGCACGUCCUUCUUCUCGAAGUAAUGAAUAUCCCCUAUUCAUCCCACGCCAAAACUAUUGCUCCACAAGUGUGGAAAAUUCAUGGUCAGAUAGAAGCUCAAGUAAUUUUGGUGUUACUUCGAUAGAAUCAGAGAGGAAGGUCCGCCUGGAUUCUUCAGGAAGUAAUAGCUUUAACUAUUCUUCUGCUUCUCCACAUUCUAUUGAAACACACAAGGACUUGCAGAAAGGCAUAUCACUCCUCAAGAAAAGUGUGGCAUGCAUAACGACAUAUUGCUAUAAUUCAUUGUGCCUAGAUGUCCCAUCUGAGGCAUCAACUUUUGAAGCAUUUGCAAAAUUAUUAGCCACAUUAUCUUCAUCCAAGGAACUCCGUUCUGUUUGUUCCAUAAAAUCAGCUUGCUCAAGGUCAAAUAAACAAGUUCAGCAGUUAAACAAAUCUGUGUGGAAUGUGAAUUCUGCCUUUGCCUCAACCACUCUACUCGAUAGUGCACAUACAGUGGCAUCAAUGAAGAAUAUUGGUGAAAACAACCUUCCUAAUCCUGCCACCAGCUUUCUUUAUGCCACGGAGUCUGAUGCUGGAAAGAACGAAUUCAUUAUUGAAGGAUGGGAUCUCAUCGAACACCCGACUUUUCCUCCUCCCCCAUCACAAUGUGAGGAUGUUGAGCAUUGGACUCGAGCCAUGUUCAUUGACGCCACCAAGAAGAAAUGACUCAGCCACGUUGGUUCCUUGUACUUAUUAUGGAAAGUUUGGUAAAAGGAGUCACCAAACUGAGAAAACCAGCCCGCAUGGAGGAUUGAAGUGUGGAACUCUUUUACCGUGUUUGUGCUCUUGUUUACGUGUAAAUAGAUAAUUCAUUGUGUACAUAAAACAAGUCUUUUCUAUUUUAGCGUAUUUUCCAGUUAAAAUAUAUUACUAUAAGUUAAUUGUAUGCAUCUGUAAAAGCACAAUAAAUAGACGAUGAAAAAAAUAGUAUUUGACUGA